UAGCAACCAUUCAUACACGAUUAGAUGGCCCCAUUAUGGAAGUAUACUUGUCAACAACCGAAAUAUUAAAAUCUUUACUUUCGAUUUUUCACCUAAUGUCCGCCUGGAUGCCCACUGUGCGUUUGCCAUUCUGCUUAGAAUAUACGCUGUGGAGUAAUCAAACUAAAUAGUUUCACUUACGGCCAGGAGGAUAGUUAAACUGCAUUUUAUCAGAAGCAGUUGUUAAAACUGCAGUUGCAGUCUUUUUUAAGGAACGUAUGAUGAAAAUGACAUUUUUUCCGUUCUCUGUUUUAAAAGAACGAAAAGUAUACAUCAUUAUAAUUUUGUGAUUGAGAAAAAUGUACAAGGGACGUCCUUUCAAUAUGUCUCACUAUUUGUUCGUGCAAAAUGAAGAGAUACCUCUUUUCGCCCUAUUCGUAGCUGCUUCUAUUUAUUACGAAUCAAUGUUCAAAUAGUAAAAAGUAAAUCACAAAAACAAACCUGUAUUAUGUAUUUUAGUCGAUAUUACAUAAAUCAAAGUUUUAUUUUGAAAAACUAGUGAGGAAAACUACGAAUUGAUGAUGACAACAAUCUGUUACUAUGUUUCAUUUUCAAUUUUUCUUUGUUUAGUUCCAAAUGAUGCAAGAAUAUUCACACAGGAUGAUAUAAUUGAAAAGCUUAAAAAAAAUGAAUAUAAACGUUGUUGGGAUCAUCGAUCUCAGGUUCCGUACUUAUUUAAUAAAAAAAAAACCUAUGGAUAUCAUAUGAAAAUUGUAAUUCGGUGGAAAUCAAAACAAGAUAUGUAG